CAUAUUAUUCCCACAGAUUUGUGUAACUUAAUUCUUGCUACCCCCUUAUCUAUGAAUGAUAAACAAGAAGAUUUUAUUAGAUGGAUUUAUUCGGAUACUGGAUCGUUUACUGUUAAAUCAGCUUACUCCCUUCAACUUUCUGCUUCCCCCCAAUUCAAUGCUUCUGACUCAGGUUUCAAUUGGAAAAAUCUUUGGAAAAUUAAAACACCUUUUAAAUAUAAAAUGCUUCUGUGGAAUUGCUGUCAUGGAAUCUUGCAUGUGGCUCAAAAUUUAUCUCCAAUCUUGGAUUUUAUUUCUCCUAUUUGUUGUAGAUGUCAGAGACAACGGAAAAACAACUAUAAGGAUGCUAGCACAUGCUAAACAUGUUUGGACUGCACCAAGUUCUGGGUAUCUCAAGCUUAACACUGAUGGAACUUGGUCAGCCCACAACAUUGUUGGAGGUGGAGGAGUCUUUAGAAGGUCUUCUGGAACCUGGUUCAUGGGCUUCUCCAGCAAAUUUAAUGCUUCCACUCCUUUGACAGCUGAACUUUAUGCAAUCAGAGAAGGUUUAAUUAUGGCAAUUGAAUACAAGGUGGAUAAGUUAGAAUUGGAGACUGAUGCUUUGUCCCUGAUGAAGAUGCUUAAUACUAUGGAUAAUCACUAUCACCAUGAAUUAUCUCCAGUUUUGAACGAUGUGGCUAGUCUAAUGAAGCGAUUCACCUCUCUUACUGUACACCAUAUUCCUCGUGCACGGAAUUUGGUUUCUCACUCUUUAGCUGCUUACUCCAUCUCCAUGGUUGUUGGUCACAAGGUCUAUGCUGAUGUUCCACCCUUUUCUAGAAUUGCCUAUCAUGGAGACCUCCAAGGUCUAGUGCGCACUUUUGCUAGUCAAGGAGAAACACCACAGGUGAUUGAUGUUGAUGCUGAUCCCUCUAAGUUAACUGCUGAUCCCCCUAAUUCUACUCAAAUCAUGUUUGGUUCUAUUCCUGCUACAAUCUCAAUGGAUACUAAGGCUUCUGGUUCUGCAAAUGCUAAGGACACUAAUCCUGCAGACGGAUCGAAGGGGGCAGGAACCUCCUCUACGAAUGAGUGAAAGUAAUAGCAGGUGGUAGAUCUCCGGCUUGGAUAAUCAAAAAAUAUUUUGCGAUUUGUCAAGUUUCAACUGGAGAUUAUCGGAGACAAAAACUUCUAUUUUGCGUGCUUUAGUGGAAAACAAAGUUUGUAAUGUGAAUAGUUGGGUUGUAAGUUUUUGGUGUACCCCUUUUGUAACAAACUUUAUUAUGGACUAGAGUCCUAAAUCAAUAAUAUUGUCUCCGUUUUACGUUUAAAAAAAAUUAUGUUCUUUUGC